ACCACAGUAAACUUAAAAGCGAGCGACCGCGUGUGUCCGGGAACCUUGUGCAUAAUGAAAAGACCAGCAGCUCAAGCAAAACAAAUCACCUACACACGGAACAGAAACCAUGCCUGGCUAAAAAAAAAAACUAUUUGAAAUGCAGUUUUCAAGUAUCACCGUGUACAAAUAAAAACCUCGAUCAUCUGACACCGCCUGUAAGUAAAGCUAAUGGUUUCUGCUGCGUUGCUAUUGCGUCUCGUAGCCUCUGCUCUGUAUGUAUGGACUUGCUUGAGGACCUGGAAAGAGCUAUACACAGCAGCACCAGCAGUUAAGCGGGCAGAUCGCAAACAACCCGCUUCCCCGUGUUUUGUUUUUGUACAGUGAUCUGGAGCUAAAAAACACGGAUGCUGGAUUUUCUAUACUUUACUAGCUUUAAAGAAAGCGACGGGACCGUAGGCGAUUCCAGUCCCCGGGCAGAGCGACACGUUUCUUUCUUUAAAAAUGAUCAGAGCGAGAACAGCUCCGUUUCCCAGCGAUCGGGAAUGGCGUUCGUAUUUCGGCAAGAAUAAAGAGUCUUCGGGUAUGAAGACAUACUGAGUCGAGGAGGGAAAUAAUAAAAACGGAGCGCCACGAAGGAGGAGAGCGCAAAACCCGAGAGUGAGACAUUUACUGUACAUGAUGAAAAGCAAUGGCCUAGAUCUGGAAUCGUCUGGAGUUGGUCUGCCACCCUGGGCUCAUUGAAUGCUGUUUGGGGGCUUUUAUUUGACUACCUGCAGGAGACGAAGGGGAUAAUUGCUGUAAUCGCUGAUUGCGACCUUAGUGGAAGACCUGCGCUGUUCCUUAAAACUUUGGGAUCACUUCUUUUAUACUGUACUUUUUUUAUAUAAAUAUGUAUUUUUUGUAGGAAAUAUUUUUUUUUCCCUUUGCAAUAAAGUGGAUCUAGUGGUCGCCUAUGUCUUGGUGUGUAAUGUGGCGCUGCUAGAGGUGUGAGCUUUUGUCGACAGACAAAACUAACAAUGGCAGUGACAACAGAAUCUGAUCAUUUUCGGGGUAAAUCGAUUUGCACUUUCGAGAACAGCAGCCCCUGGGCUCCCAGUCGCAACGGGUAUGUGAAGACGUAUGUCACCCCUCUGUCUCCAGACCGGGACUGCGGAUCGUGGGUAGGGCUGAUGAUGACAAAGAUCUGGAACUCCAAGAGACUUUCGUCUGCGUUAUGCGUGGGGUCGCUUUCGGUCUUUCUCGCUCUGGUGGUGAAAUUUGUGAACGGGGAACUCGAGCACAACAGCCGCAGCAGCGGCGGCGGCGGUAGCAGCAGAGGCAGCCGAGACAGCCAGACGGGGUCCCCAGUUCACUCCGCGUCAGGGUGCGCGGUGGAUCAGUUGCAGUCCUGGGGGCACUUGGUAUCUCAUCUCUUCACCUUAGUAUGUGCCUUCUUCUGGGUGGGCUUGUAUCUGAUGCGCUGUGGAGUCCCGUUAAAAACUGCCCUUUUCCUCCUGACUGUCUGGCACCUGGGAGAAGCAGCAGCCCAGUGUCUCCUGCUUAGUGCGGACGAACUGCUGUCUUUCACGGCAGCCGUGGUGACACUCGCUCUUUUGGCAGGCGGAGCACUCAUGUUGGUGAGACUGAAGCGGGGCAUUUCUGUUGUCAUCUUCAUCAGCUUGGUCAGGACGAUCUCGCUCCUUUCGCUAAACAAGGUCCGGGCCAGUUGGAGACCUUACUUGGCGUACCUGGUCGGGGUCCUGGGCAUUCUGCUGGCGAGGUAUGCUGACAGGCUCCUGCCGAACCAGGGGACUCAUAAGGAGGGCUGUACCUCCGUGACUGGAGCGAAGGAAGAGAUCCCGGUAUUUAAAAGGAGAAGGAGGUCCAGCUCGGUAAUAUCAUCAGACAUGGCACACGGUCAGCCUAGCGGCAACAAGACACACAGAAGAACUUCGCUGCCUUGUAUUCAAAGGGAUCAGUUUCUUUCCCACUCAGAAUGGGACCACAAGCGAGGCUACAGAGGAUCUCAGUCCUCAGGCACCACUGUGACGGUGGACAUCGCUGUCAUGGGGGAGGCCCACGGACUGAUUACGGACCUCCUGGCCGACUCCUCGUUGCCCCCCAACACCUGCACCUCCCUGAGAGCCGUCAGCAACCUGCUCAGCACUCAGCUCAAUUUCCAGCCUGUCCACCGGCCGCGCAUCAACCCGCUGGUGUCCUUCGGCGAAGCCUACACCUGCUCCGACUCAGAGGAGGGCCCGGAGAAAGGAGAGAAACUGGCCAUUCCAAAGCGUCUGAGGCGGAGUCUCCCCCCUGGCCUGUUGAGGCGGAUCUCUUCCACAUGGACCACCACCACCUCUGCCACUGGUCUCCCCACCAUUGAGCCCGGCCCUGUCAGGCGGGACCGCAGCGCCAGCAUCAAACCCGUCCACGAGACCCCCUCCUGCAGUACGGUUAAUAACGACUCAUGGAACAGCUCAGUCUUGCUGACUAUGUCCAAAAGCAGGUCCAUGUCAGUGUCCUGUGCUGCCACCACUGCAAAUCAUCUCAACUCCAAAAGACAGAGCAGACCAGGUUACCCUUCCAGCAACUCACCUCUCACCUCCCCGUGCCAUUCACCCAUCCAGGGGACCCCCAUCUCUAGUCCCACCAGCACAGCCCCCUCUAUGGAGCUCCCUGACAUAGCUGGCACACUGACCAGGCGUGCCAUGGGCCCACACAAAGCCUUAACUGUCACACAAAGUGCUCCCGACGCCCCAGGGCAGCACACGGGUCCUGUGCUUCUCUGCAGUAGCUGUGGAAGACCAUACAUUAAACUAAGCCAUGGAGAGGGUUCAUUGGACAAAGAGGAUACACCCACACACAGACUUCACAGAACAGAUGAUCCAGCGCUGGCGUCAUCUGAUUAUGACAGCACUCAUGAGACCAAUAACAGCGACAGCAGCGACAUUGCACAGAACGAGGAUGAGCCAGAUUGUGCCAAGCAGCUGGCUGAAUCCAGAGAAGGUUCCAUAUGCCGAGCAUAUAGACCAGAAACCCUCAUCUUACACCCCUUAAUCCCGCCUGAGGACAAGCCCAUUCUGGCACCAGAGCCACUAGUGAUGGAGCACCUGGACCCCAUCAUGAAGCAGCUCAACAACUGGAACUUCCCCAUCUUCGACCUGGUGGAGCAGACGGAGGGGAAGUGUGGCCGCAUCCUCAGCCAGGUCUCCUACAGGCUUUUUGAGGACACCGGUCUUUUUGAAACAUUUAAAAUCCCUGUCCGGGAAUUCAUGAAUUACUUUCAUGCGCUUGAGAAUGGAUACAGAGAUAUACCUUAUCACAAUCGAAUCCAUGCUACAGAUGUUCUGCAUGCAGUCUGGUACCUUACUACUCAACCAAUCCCUGGCCUUCCCAAUCUCAUCAACGAUCAUGGUUCCAGUGACUCUGACUCGGACAGCGGCAUCACUCACAGCCACAUGGGCUACGUGGUGUCCAAGACGUACAGCGGCGCGGAGGACAGGUAUGGCUGCCUGUCGGGGCUGAUCCCGGCGCUGGAACUCAUGGCUCUGUACGUGGCAGCUGCCAUGCAUGACUACGACCAUCCAGGGAGAACCAACGCCUUCCUCGUGGCUACCAGCGCCCCCCAGGCGGUGCUUUAUAAUGACCGCUCAGUGUUGGAGAACCAUCACGCUGCAUCUGCCUGGAACCUCUUCAUGUCCCGCCCAGAGUACAACUUCCUGGCCAACCUGGACCAUGUGGAGUUCAAGCGCUUUCGUUUCCUGGUCAUUGAGGCCAUACUGGCAACUGACCUAAAGAAACACUUUGAUUUUCUGGCUGAAUUCAAUGCAAAGGUGAAUGAUGAAGUUGGCUCCGGCAUUGAGUGGGCGAAUGAAAAUGACCGCCUGCUGGUGUGUCAAAUGUGCAUCAAGUUGGCUGACAUAAACGGUCCAGCAAAAUGUAAAGAGCUCCAUCUGCAGUGGACUGAGGGCAUUGUCAAUGAGUUCUACGAGCAGGGAGAUGAAGAAUCCAGCCUCGGCCUUCCCAUCAGCCCCUUCAUGGACCGUUCUGCUCCCCAGUUGGCCAAACUCCAGGAAUCGUUCAUCACUCACAUUGUGGGGCCGCUCUGCCACUCUUAUGACUCCUCUGGAUUGAUGCCAGGACGCUGGAUUGAGGAGGAUGAGGAUGAAGGUGACACAGACGAAAAUGAAGAAGAGGAUGACACAACUGAGGAAGAUGCUUCUGACAGUUCUGAAGCCUCACAGCAAAGAGUCCCCAAGAAGAGGAGGAAAAUCUUCUGCCAGAUCACGCAGCACCUGAUGGAGAACCACGCGAUGUGGAAGAAGGUCAUCGAGGAGGAGCAGGCGAAGAAGAGCGCCGAGGAGACAGGGCGGCUCCCUGCCCCCCCGGGAUCCAUCCGGGAGGAGGAGGAGGAAAGCGGCAGCAGAGAGGAGAGAGCAGAGGGUGAAGAGGAGCAGGAGGAGGGAUUGCUCCAGGGGAAAUCUGCCUCUCAGGCCCAGGAGGAGGCCAACUCCCAAUGACAGGGAUGACUAAAGGGAGCCACAAACACCGUCUGCCAGAGCUUGAACUUUGAACUUCUGAUGACUUUUAUUUUUGCCAGCACAUCACCUAGACACAACACUGUAGAUGUUUGUUGUUUUUUUUCCGGGAAAACGUGCCUAAAAAAAUCAGGAUGGGAGUGUGGGUACAUGGUAGGAAGGGGGAGCAAUAGGGUAAAGUCUGUUUUGGUGAGUUGUUUUUCUUAUGAUGAACUGAAAACAACAAUACUGAUAAAGGUCAGGUACAUGUUCUGAAGAUUUCACCUUCCUUUUGAGGAAGCCUCCACACGGCAAUACAGGAUCACACAACAGACUUUCCAGAAACCAAGGCAAGGAGACGACAGGUGAAAUGAUGCUGAAGACCGGAAGCAGUGUGCUUUAGAGACUGCUCCUUUUUCUAAGAAAAAAAAAACAUUUUAAAAAGAAAAAAAAAAUCUUUUUACACACCAACUCGUGUACAAACAGAAUAUAUACUGUUCUCCCAGGGAGCUUGAUUAAUGAUAAUCGAGAAGCAGGAUGUGUGUCCUGCUUCCGUGGCCAUUGAGGUAUGAAUUUUAGUAGCUUUCAUUCCAUUUCAUAGAGUGAAACAAAUACUACAGUUUUUUAGAGCAUUAUCUAAAUUCUGAAGAAAAAGCCACAAUUUUGUUGUGUAUUUUUAUAUUGCUUUUUUCCACAGAAUCAGUCUCUUGCCUGUAGUACUGUAGGACAGAGGAACAAAAACACUAGCCAGCUUCAUUGCUUCUCUGUUGUUGCUGUGAACCAAAAUUCUAAUUUUUUCUCUUUUUCCUUUAGUUUGCUUAGUUUGACAGCAUUGUAUUGUAAAUAUAAGAAGGAUUUAUUUUAUUGAAUUCUUGUUGGUUUUUGUUUUUGAUCCACUUUCCUGUGUAGAUAUCCAGCCAAAAAAGAAGGGAGCUUCUUGUUUAUUUGUUUAUGUGUCGUUAAGAAAAUAAUUAGUGACCUUCUUAAUUUUAAGCAUAAUUUAAUAGCAAACAUUGCAGGACAUUUAUACAAAGGAAUCCAUUUAUAAAGCCAUAAGAUAAAGACAGACUACUUAGAAAAAAAUAAGUUUUAUUACUUAUCAUAUGGUACCCCUUGUUUCACAAAAAUCCUCAGUGCAGAGAAGCAGCCAUUGUGAUCUAUGUCUCGUUUUAGUUUAUACCAAACUUCUGGCUGAUGUAAUUCUUUAAAAGUGCAGUAUUAGGGUUUUGUUUUUAUUUUUUGUGAGUUUUAAUGGAUAUGGCUUCAUUCAUUUCAAGAGGCAUACAGUAUAUAAAACUGUAAAAAGCAAGAAUCUAGGUAAAGACCCACAGUGGAAACAGGAUAAUAGGAAAGAUUCAAGCAGCUUCUUAUAGUAGAGAAAGAUUUCUUAUUUAAUGCAGCAACUGGGGGAUUUUUUUAAGUACCUUGUCUGAAUGGAAUGUGUUUAUAAGCUAUAAAGUUUUGCACAGAAACAGCUGAAUUGUUUCCAGAGUAACACAGAGGUCUAUUUAUGACAGUCUCCUUCACAACGAUCAAAACUUAAGUCACAAACCUCAAUAAUGCUGGUGGCCCUGUGUUCCUUUUAUAGUUUUUGAGGGUCUCACUUCAAUUACAGUGUAAUUAUAUACAUUCAAAUCAUUUUAGAUGUAUAUCCUUGAGGUGUAGUGCUCAGAUAAAAACAGAAGAUUCAUUAAUUGUUGUGGCAAGAGCCAAUUUUCCAAUGACAGUAUUUAACUCAAGGUGACCUGAGACCUGUUGAAGUUAUUCAGAUAAAACUAUUGAUAAAUGAUUCUUCCAUUCCAUUUCUGAGGUGGACCUUUCAUGUGCCUGUGCUUAUCAGCACAUUAUUGAUGAUUCCUCAUGAAUUCAAUAAUUGAUUGUUCCUCAUCAGCCAAUUAACUUGACAAGAAUAGGUUCUUGGCUCUUGGUCCUGGAGUAAUGGGAAUUUAUGGGUCAGAAAACCUUCUCUUCCUUUUAAUCUUUCUGAUGUUCUGAAGAGCGAAGUUGAGCACUGGAAUGAAUUGGAAAAUCCCUUUAAUCCCUGUGCUCCCUUGACUCAAGCGUUCCUAAUUAUGCUUUCGAGCUUUUGAAGAGCCAGAGCUUCAUUCAUGUUAUAGCAUAGCUUUUCUGCACAUCUUGAGGCACAUGCACAUUAAUUAUCAGCUCAUUAUUUUUUUACUUCAGUGCUUUGAUGAACAGAUAGCCAUGUAAAUACACUACACUUUCUGUCUGUUAGUAAUACUCAAUGGUCAAUUGGGUACCCAUUUCUUGUCAUAUAAUUGCAUACCAGUGAAUGCCCAGUCUUCUCAUUCUGCAGAGAGAUGAGUAAGAGUUAUUAUUCUGCACUAUCAUCUGAAAUGAAGUUGAAUUGAGGCCACAAUCUUUUCUUAAAAAGACAUAAAUGUAGGGUGCUUUUUUGUCUAUUCCAAAGGUACCCUAUUUAUUAUUUAGUUUAUUAUGGACAUUAGGAAACUAUUUGACAAGUCAAGGAUUUUAAAAAAUGCUUUUAAAAAGUAAGAGAAAUUUAGGAUACACACUACAAGCAAUACUGCCAUUUCUGUUUCUUCAAAAUCUUAGUUGAUAUCUCAGGUUUUCAGAACAUAAAGGGAAGAUCUGACAGCUUUUUAAGUCAAAGUGAUUGGUAAAGUUUUUUUUAAUAGUAAAGAAAUAAAAUAAGCGUGCCAAAAAAAAGUCUAUGGUACAUAGGACUUUGUUAAUUGUUUUAUGUUAUUGUUGGGUAUUUACGGGUUUGCUUCUAGCCUCAGUGUUUUAACUGAAAUAACCUGUAUGCUGACUGGUGCUGUUGAGGUGCUUGUGAAAGGCUGGAGGCAUUAUAAACCACCCCAUUCCAGCCCCAAUCUACCCCAUUCCACCCUAUUGCCAUCACCAGUCUACAGGAGAAUCCAAGGAAGAUGGGCUCACAUUGUCCCCCCGAUAUAACUAUGGCUCUACUGUAUAAGAAACACUUUGAAUUGAACCAUUUUCUUUUUUCUAUUUCCCUUUAGAAAAAAAAGUCAAAGAUAUAAUAUUUUCUGAAUACUUGUGUGUCACUGAAUGCUACUAGGGAGGUCCUCAGACCUGACAGAGAUUUUAUUAAAUGCUUUUGAACCCUGUCUCUUCCAAAAGGCAAAAGAGUCCAAAAUGCAUGCAGGAUAUACUUCUUCUGUUUUGCUUGGUGCUCUUUGGAUUGUCUUCAUCGAGGUAGUCAGAAUUUGGAAGAUGCAUCAGCAGACAGACAAUGUUGCUGUCACUAGCUGCUUAGUAAGAUAAUGGAAUGGGAAAAUCUGGACAUGACAGCUAUAUCAGGCUGCCUAAGCAGCAAAAUGGGCAGGUGGUAUAUUUCUUUCUUUCUAUAUCCCCUAUAAUAUAUUUAAUUUUUCAGCUGCAAAGUAUUAUCAGGGUUUACUUGCAUUUAAUAAUCAAAGUGAAACUAAAAUAUGGAAUGAUUGAUUUGUCAAUGAAAACAAUUUGCCAUCCCAAGCUAUCAAUAGGAGAAUGUUUUACAUGUAUUGACUUUGUUUUAAAGCUGUUCAUAUUCCAGUUAUAUUGUGUAGAACCUCUGGGAUAUGGUGAUCUCAGAAGUCAUGGAUUACCACUGCUCUGUGUGUCCCAGCCUUUUCAAGGACACCUAACUCUAGGAGCGUCAGAUGUGUCGUGAGCCAAUGAGCAAGUAGCCCACUCUACCACCUGUGAUGUCUUGAUUAAAAUGUAUCAGAGUACUUUCAUACAAUUGUUGCAUUUUCAGUUCACUUGCAAAACACAGAAUGCUCAGAGGUACUGUGUAGGGUAUUACAAACUCUGACCUGUUAUAUAACUAACAUAUAUUUUUACUGCCAAAGAAAUACAUAAAAUAAAUACCCUCUUUUGAUUUGUCCAAGCUAUGCUCAAAGUGUAGCAAGAUUCAUUUGAUGAUUUUAAAUGGGUGAAUGGGUGCCAAUGCUAUUGUGAUCUGUCUGUCCCCCUUUUCCUUUUUAGCAAAUGCUUAAGUUCUUUUUGUACAGUACUGAUGUGUAUUGGAAGAGAGAAAAGCUAAAGAGCUUAUGUCAUUAGGAAUAUUGUAGCUGUUUGUAGAAAACCAUAGAUUUAGCACUAGACACUACCAGCUUCUAAAAAACGCUUUUUUUUUUCUUUUAGUAGGUCUCCUUCAAUUGUCCUUUUUAAAUGUUUUGGUGUAAAUCAUUAGGGAUCAGUACUGUCCAAUACCCAUUUUAUGCCAAUUCUAAGGUUUCCUGUUUCAUGUCCAUUUACAACAUGUGUGCUAAAUAAGAAUCAAACCGUGUAGAAAUGUCCAUCAGAUUAGAGACAAACCUAUUACUAAAUAAUCAUAAGAUACUAAGAAACUAACAAGCUGGUAGCUCUAAAUCCUAUUAAAAAGCUCUUUUAUGUAUGUGGAGUUUUGAGACACAGUAUCCUUUGAUUUUAACAUACUGUAUCAAAUUAUUAAGGAACCAAAUACAGAAAAACAGAUUAAAGCAGCCCUUUUGUCCUCUUUGGUGUUAGCAAAUUCUUUAAGUUCUCUUAACGUACGCAAUAUAUAUUUGCCCCUUGUGUCAAUUCUGUAUAUGAAACAAGUGUGACUAUUUUAAACUGUGGUAUUAAGAGUGGAGUUCCCUAUUUGUGGAAAUUGAGUUUUUUUGUGUUUUGACCGCGUUAUAUUUUUAUAUCGGAAGGUUUAUUGAUAUGUGCCGAUAAUUUCAGUUGUGUUCCAGUCCCUCGAGUGCCUAAGAUGUGACUAUUCUGUACAUCAUCUAUUACUUACCAUAAGUUUUUCCAAUAUAUUUUUUUCUUUUUCAUUUUAAAUUAUUUUUAGGGUUUUGCCUCCUUUUGAAUCACUGAGGAUCUAAAAGAUUGUUAUGAAAAAUAUGACAUUACCAAUGUUAGGAAAUUUCACAAAACAUGGUGUAUGAAAUAUGUAGCCCUAAAAAACAUUUCUUCUUUUGAUUUGAUUUAAUUUCUCAAGCCUGUAACUGUAUUGUCAUACUGAGCAUUAAGAUUUGUAAGGGCAGAAUAUUCAUAAUGGGUUUUUACUGUAAAGUCCAGACCUGUAACCAGGUAUUACACUAUUGGCAGCCUGUAUUAUUUAUACUGUAUGCUACCUUUGGAUAAACUUAAUACUUGUGUUCACUGAGAAUGAUCUUUAUGAUAUCAUGUUUCAUUAUAUGAUAUGAGCUCCUAUUAGACAAUCAUAUUACUUGAUACAAACUAGUCAUAUGAGCACAGAGAGCACUUUCCAAGCAGGAAAAUAUAGUUUUAUGUACUCUUGCAAGUGUGAAGCAUUAAUUUCAUGGUGAAUCACAUUUUAUGCUCAUGAUUUUUAAUAUGCAUUCCUUAUUUUGUGCCAAUUUUACAUCCAUUUUAUGUUUAUUCCUAUGUGAUUUCUUUCCUCUGCGCAGUCCAAGUGUUCCAGUGUUACCGUAUGGAAAGUUUGAGCACAGUUUCACAGCACACUGCCUCACGGAACCAAUACCAAAAGCACGAUGAAGAAAGCAUGCUAUUGGAAUGCUCUUAGCCCUACUAUGAUACAGUAAAAGCCACUAUGGAUCUAGUGAAAUUUUCACAGUGCUUUUCUGUAGUGCAAAAUUGUGUCUCCUUCGCAAUUCUUUUUUGGGGUCAGAAAUACAGUUUGUCUUUCCUAAAGGCGUCUGAGAAAAAUGUUGUUGCAGCCGUAUCUUCAAAAUAUGCCACCCAUUUUAUCACGAUUGAGAUUAUUUCCACAGUUCCCAUUUAGUUUUUAAAACACAAACCGAAUACUGUACUUCUGCAAAAGCAGACAAUAUCUUCUACAGUUUUACCAUUGCCAGUCAAAGGUUUGUUAAAAAAGAUUAGAUUUACAUUUUUAAUAGUUGUUUACACAUUUUCAACUAAAGGGUAUUUUUAAGUCUUAUGCUGAGGUUUUGUUUUUGCUACCUUUUAAUAAUUACAAUGAUAUUGUGCAAUUAUGACAUAAAUACAAAUAAUAUUAACAUGCCAAAUUUUACACAGACACACAGUUUUACAUGCUAAGUACUGUAGUAGUUCACUUAAUCUAUUAUUUUCACUUUUUGUUACCACACACAACAAACUAAUAAAAUAAUACCUGUCCACUGCUUCCUUGUUUAAAAACUAUAUAAAAAAAACAAAACAAUUUACCGUCAUCUACAUAGUCUGACAUAAUCUAUCCCUGGAACACUUGGAUUUUAUUGUGAGUAUCUGGCAUGCAGGCAUGUGAGAGCAAUCAAAUGAAUAGAGUCUCUAUUAUUGUUUAUACAGUAUAGAAGAAAUGCUGUUAGUAUACUAAUGCUGAAUAAUGCUACCAUUCACCACCAAAUUCCUCAGUAUGCUGACAGUAUUCUGAGUAGCAUCUGGAGCAGGAGGACAGUACUCUUCCUCUAAGACUUUGGGAUUUUUUUCAAGGGUCAUGCCUGAGAUUUAUGAAUGGGAAAAAUGUGUUAAGUGAUGAUAAACAUUCCUUGACAACUCUUUUGAAGGUAAGAUCGAAACAGGAUUCAGGAGCCUCCAAAAUGUGUCCUUAAAACCAGAGUUAAACAGCUAUGUAUUACAUUUAAAAUUUCAAAUGUAUUAGUAGAAAAUGCAUCAUUAAAAGGAAUAAUGCAUAUUGAUGCCUUUUCAUGCGAUAUUAAUUAGCAAAACAUAUUGUUAAUAAAAGGAUACCCAAACAAGCUUUACAAAAUGAAAAGGAGAAAAAAGAGUAUUGUAUUUUUUAUACAGCUGGCACUUCACAGACUGAAUAAUUACUUUCUUCUCACUAGUAUCUUGCACUUAACACAUGUAGCAAUACUUAAAACGGAGAAAUAUUUAAUUCACAAGUAUUUGUUAAGUGAAAGACUCAUUUUAUUGCUGGUAAAUGUUCUGUUUUGUACAAAAUAUACUGUAUACUGUACAGAUAAAAACCGACAUCAAACAAAAAAAAAUCUUUUAGAUAAACUAUUUAUUUUUACUGUUUUUUGUAAGUUAGACACAAUACUGUAGCUCCUUCAUUGCCAGAAUUACUGGAAGUGCCUCUUGGUAAAAUGUAUUAUAUAGUAAAUAUGUAUUGAAAUUAUUAGAACUAUUUGUCACAAGCUGAACAAUGUGGAUGUUGUAAUGUGAAUACAUAAGUUGAAUAACAUGAAUUUAAUUCUGUGGUA